ACGCGCGGAUUGGCUGCUCGUCUGCUCUCCGCUUUCAUUCGACUGUUCAGUCUUGUUGUCGUCAGAGGCCAUUCCUAAUUGUUUUGUGUUUUUGAUUCUGCAUAUUAUCUCAAAGGAAUGCCAUAUUUUCUUAAUAGAGAUAAAACAGCAACAACCAUCGUCUGUCAAAUAGAGCUAGAAUAGUUGUAUCCUGUUUACAAGAUAAUAACUACAGUUACUAUACUGAAGUUUUCUGAAGUUACAGCUCGCUAGCUAACGUUAUCGUUCGGGCUGGGUGUGGACUGCCAAUGGCGUGUGUAGAGACAUCAGAUGACAGAGUAGGAGAGGUCCUGCUGAAAAGAGUGAUGCAGGAGCAGCUGGAUGAGAUGUUGUCAUCAGAGGUCCCGGUAGUGGUCUCCGCAGAAACCCAGGAAUUGGAGAGUGAGCAGGAGCAGAAGAUGGUGUUACAGCUGGCUGUGAUGAUACGUACCAUCGGAGACGCCUUCAAGGAGAACAGGGAGCUGGACGACAACAGUGUGAUAGAUGGAAUGGUGGGGCAAAUGACCAGCAAGACCAGCUACUGGAAUUUGGUAGAAAAGGUAUUUGAGGACGGUCAAAUCACCUGGGAGAGAAUUGCUGUGCUGUUCUACGUAGCAGGGAGGAUAGCUGUCAAGGUGGUGAUUGCUCACCUCCCCGAGUUAGUGAAGGACAUUCUGAAGUGGACUCUGGAGUACUUCAGAAGCAAAUUACUGGACUGGAUCCAGAAACAUGGAGGAUGGAUGAACAGUUUCGCUGCGCUGGCACGUGUACAGGUGGAGAGGAUAUCCUCUAUGAGCGCCCGGUCCUCAGGGCUCAUCCUGGUCUUCCUCGGAGGUGUCAUAAUGGGUAGUGUUAUCACCUGGAAACUGGCCAGGAGGACCUGACACACACACAUACACAGUCCCACUCCGGUUCAAACGCAAUUGUUUGACAUGACAUGCAAACGUGUGGGCGUGCACACACACACACACACACACACACACACACACACACACGCACACACAAAUACAUUUGUUUACCUACCUACCUUCUGGUUUGCUCCGGAUAAAUAAGAUGACCAGAUGCUGCUGGAAGUGGUGUUGGAGAGCCAGUAGGAAGCACUCAUUCCUCUGCUCUAAAACAAAAAUGUCCCAGUGCAAAGAUUGGGGACAUUGCCCUCUGUCGGGUGCCGUCUUUUGGAUGGGAUGUUAAAACGGGUGUUCUGACUCGCUGUGGUUAAUAAAGAUCACAUGGCACUUAUCGUAAGAGUAGGGGUGUUAACCCCGGUGUCCUGGCUAAAUUCAUCUGGCCCUCAUACCAUCAUGGCCACCUAAUCAUACCCAGCUUCUAGUUGGCUCAUUAAUCCCUCUUCCCAGUAACUAUUCCCCAGAUCGUUGCUGUAAAUGAGAAUGUGUUCUCAGUCAAUUUACCUCAACUUAAAUAAAAUGUAACUCUUUUUUUUAUCAGUUCCUUCAGAAAGUAUUCACACCCCUCAACUUUUUCCACAUUCUGUUGUUACAAAGUGGGAUUAAAAUGGGGAAAAGUAUUAAAUCCAACACAAAAUACUGUAUUACAUCUCUGCACUUGGAAAAAGAGAGCCAUCUGCACUGCUAUUUUAGUUUUCAGUUAAUCUGAUUGAUUAUUCUUGAUUAUUGAUCUUCUUAAACACUACUGUUGCUCACAGAGUGAGUCCACGCAAUUUAUUUUGACUUGUUAAGCACAUUUUUACUCUUGAGCUUAUUUAGGCUUGCCAUAACAAAAGGGUUGAAUACUUAUUGAUUCAAGACAUUUUUAAUUCAUUUGUAAAAACAAAAUAUCUCAAAACAUGAUUCUCCUUUGACACAAAAUCUCAAUGUAAUCCAUUUAAAAUUCAGGCUGUAACAUAAAUGGAUGUGAAUACGUUCUGAGGGCACUGUAUAUAUUAACCUACAGUCAUGAAACCAAAGUGUUGGGGCAGAGCUCAGUACAUUUUGCGUCACUACCCUUACGGAAAAAACAUGAAUUUCACGUUUUUAAUGUGAUCUUAUGGGAAGUUAAUAUGACAACAUGUAAAAGCAACAUGUGAUAAUAUGAAAUUGCACAUUUGCAACAUUUCAACAUGUGAUACCAUGAAACUAUACCUCACAACAUUUGAAAGUUUUUCACAUGUGAAAGUCAAAAUUUGAUUUUCACAUGUGAAACUGCAAUUCACAUGUGUGGUGAAAACAUGUUAUUCUCACAUGUGAAAGGUGGUGUUAACAUGUGAACUCUGUAUUGAAUACAUUGUGAACAAAUGUUUUCACAUGUGAACAACUGUCCUCGCAUGUGUCUCUUUUGUUUUCAAAGGUGAACAUUUCAGCUCAACAUGUAAACAGUUAUUUCACGUGUAUAUACGAUUUCAAAUGUGAAAAUAUGAUUUUCACAUGUGAAACUGCAAAUAAAAUAAAACUGUAUGUCAUCACAUGAAGUGUUCCAAAACCACAUGGUUUCAAAUGUUACAAAUGUUAAAAUGUUACAUGUGGAAAUUUCACAUGUGAAAUCAUGUGGUUUUUCCCAUAAGGGUAUAUCAUCAUGUUUGUUGGUAUCCUGUUAGACUAGGGUAUCUGUGCCUGAAAUGAGAAACCAGUGUAAGCCUAACAGACAGCCAAUCAUGUUAUGUGAUUGUUUUUUUUACAGAAAGGUCAUAUUAUUUUUCAAUACAAUAUUUUACAGAAAUAACACAUGAAUACCGAUUUGAUAUUUUUGAAGUUUAUAAAAAUGUAUGAAACAUGUAUUUUGAAUAAAAAACAUUUGGGAUGUUUGACUUGAAUGUAAUGUAUUAAAUGUGCCAUUUUAUUAGGAUAAACAAAAUAAAUAUGAGUUGACUGUG